ACCUUUGUGACGAUUCACUCACAGCUUUGGGUUCCCACUUCAGUGAGUCGAGACGUGAAUCUAUGCCUCAGCCUUCGUAACCAUUCCCAGCUUGAGCCCUCAAUCCAAAUUCGCAAAUAUAACCCUAAUCUAUUUCCCCAAAUCUGUAACUGAACCUGAAUCUAAUCUAAGCGUGCGUUUGCAUUCGAGCUUCGUUCAUGUUCAUGUUCAUGUUCUCUCUAUUGGCUAUUUUCAGGAAUAUGCUUAAUAGAUUAUGUAGGCAUUGCUUUUGCACCGUUAUUCCGCGUCCUUGGCUUUUUGUGGGGUUGGGCAACCCUGGCGGCAAAUACAAAGGAACUCGGCACAAUGUGGGAUUUGAGAUGAUUGAUGCAUUUGCUGAGUCACAGGGGAUUCCUAUGAACACUGUCCAUUCCAAAGCCAUUUUUGGAAAAGGUUUUGUUGAUGAAGUUCCUGUUUUCCUUGCAAAGCCUCAAACUUACAUGAAUCUGAGUGGUGAAUCAACAGGACCACUGGCUGCUUAUUACAAGCUGCCUCUUAAUCAGGUGCUUGUGUUCCACGAUGACAUGAGCUUACCAUGCGGGGUGCUUCGUAUUCAUGAUAAAGGGGGUCAUGGAAGUCACAAAGGGCUAAAGAGUGUAAUCUGUCACUUCAGAGGAAAUAGAGAGUUCCCUCGGCUAAGAAUUGGGAUUGGUAGGCCUCCUGGGCAAAUGGAUCCUAAAGCAUUUUUGCUUCAAAAGUUUAAUGUAACAGCUAGACAGCGGAUUGAUGAGGCUUUGCAAGAGGGGGUCGAUGCCUUGAAGUUCCUUUUAUCUAAAGGUUUGGCAGAGAGUGCCAAAAGAUUCAACAAAGAACAAAAGUAUAAGCACUUAAGAGUGCAGACAUUGCCAGUUUGAUAAGAUUCCAUGAAGGCAAGUUGCAUUAUAAGUAUGACCAGUUCCUCGCCUUGUAGGUUGCGAUACAUUAUAUAAAACUUGAGUUUAAACACGUUAUGGAUGUGUUAAAAUUAGCGAUAGGAAAUUGGCUGGCUGAAUUUUGUAAAUUUUCCCGAGAUACAUAUAGUUCUGAUUGGACAAUGAUCUCAAGUUCAAUAUUCAAUGGUUUUUUCAGUCC